GUUCCAAUCAACGAUGGGAGAAGUUUGCAGCGAGAAGAAGUCAUGGCUGUGUGUGAUUUGGCAAAUCUGCAACGUUUUCAUGUCUCUCUUCUUCGCUCUCGCAUCAUAUGUACAGAUCAAUGAUCCAGACGCUGGUUUAUGGAUGGUUGGUUAUGGUGUUCCUGCAGCCCUGUGUGCAUUUAUUGGCUUGAAUUCUCAUGUGACAGAGACUUUGCCCUGGAGACGUGUUGCUGAUCUCCAUGUGAUGAUUUCCAGCGCAGUCGUUGCCAUGCUAGGAUGGACCAUUUACCAAAAGAAAGUCACACAGAUCUUCCAGCAGGAGGAGGGCAGAGAAUUCUCUGGUCUCAUGUUGACCGUCGUUUGGCUUCUCCUCUGUCGCCACUCUGGAAGAGCUCCUGUUGGGAUGCUCAGAGUCUCCACAGCUGUUGCCAUCACAGUGUUCCCCUUUGUGGCCUGGCUUUACUACUACAUCAAUAAGGAGCUGAGAUCAGACUGGCCUUCACAUUGUCAAAAUGCUAUUUAGACGUCCACUCUUUGCCUUUUUUGACUGACAAAACAUUCCUGUUUGUUUUGUUUUUGACUGAAAUUCUUGAACCACGAAUGUUCCUUUUGUAAUAUUGUUAAAGUCUCUGUCCAGUUGUUGAUUAAACUUCUAAAGACUCGU